AUGGGUGCGGGACAAGAUUAUGGCAUGCCCUCCCAUGAUAUAGAUGUCACGCUGGACAACAUGUCUGGGUACGCCUUCGCGCUUGGCCUUCUAAGACGCUUGGCGAAAAUGCUGCGGAACAGCCUGGCAGCCGCUCUUCCCCGCCCUCAUCCACAAAAUCCAGACUCCCGGAUUCCCACAAUCAAGCCUGGCACUCCCGCUGGAGAUGCCCUGCGCCGGGACAUCACCGUCAAUGCUCUUUUCUACAAUCUUCACAGCGGCGAGAUUGAAGACUACACGGGGGCUGGGCUGAGGGACAUCAGGGACAGGAUCAUCCAGGACGCCUCUGGACCCCAGAUCACCCUCCAGGAAGACCCUCUCCGUAUUAUGCGGAUUUUUCGGUUCAAGGCCAAACUAGGCUUCGAUAUUGAUCACUCAAUAUAUGAAGCGCUGGCAGCGCCCGAGAUCGAGUCCGGGCUGCGCUGCAAAGUGGCCAGCGAGAGGAUAGAAAUGGAGCUGUUUAAGAUGCUGGGCUAUGAAAACGGAUACGUGGGAUGGCGGAGAUUGUCAAGACGGGCUAUGUCCGGACGGUCUUCACCCCGGAGGCCGACGUAG